AUGUCAGAUGUUACUAGAGAAGCCCUUCUAAUGAAGAUACAAACGGUUCACCACCUUAUCGAAAUGUGCAUUCAACUUUACAUGAAUAAGGAGGAAACGAUUGAUUAUUUGUCAAAAAAAGCAAAUAUUGAACCCGAAAUCAUUAAAAUUGUAUGGGAAAGACUCGAGAAGGAAAACCCCAAAUUUUUUAAGGCCUAUCAUCUGAGCCUGGUUCUAAAGGCCCAGAUAGAAAGAUUUAAUGAGUUGCUUAAGAAACAGGUUGAGCUGAUGCGUAUGACAGGGAGAUUAGGACCUUCGUCGUCAAAUGGAUCUCAGAUGCAUUCAAUUCACAACAACAAUGGAUUGGGAGAAGCGUUUGUUUCUGAUACGGUACCACAACCGCCGCAACCCAAGCCGACAGAGUCGCGUGCUGCACCAGAAAAGGCACGCAGGGAAGAACCUCAGCAAGCGUCCAUAGCAACUUCGAAGCCGAAGAGGAAUGUGCGUCCGAAGAAGUUCGGCGACUUCGCCGCCAAGUAG